AGCCCUCUUGAUAGAGCCCAAGCAGCCAAGAACAAAGGAAACAAAUAUUUUAAAGCAGGAAAAUAUGAGCAAGCUAUUCAGUGUUAUACUGAGGCUAUCAGCCUGUGCCCUCCUGAGAAAAACCUUGAUCUUUCUACCUUCUAUCAAAAUAGAGCUGCUGCCUAUGAACAACUGCAAAAAUGGACAGAAGUGGCACAAGACUGCACAAAGGCUGUUGAGCUUAAUCCUAAAUAUGUAAAAGCUCUCUUCAGGCGCGCAAAAGCUCAUGAGAAGCUAGACAAUAAGAAGGAAUGUUUAGAAGAUGUCACUGCAGUCUGCAUUUUAGAAGCCUUCCAAAACCAGCAAAGUAUGUUAUUAGCUGAUAAAGUUCUUAAACUUCUUGGAAAAGAAAAGGCCAAAGAGAAAUACAAGAAUCGUGAGCCUCUGAUGCCCUCACCACAGUUCAUUAAAUCCUACUUCAGUUCUUUCACAGAUGAUAUAAUCUCCCAACCUUUGCUUAAGGGUGAGAAAUCAGAUGAAGAUAAGGAUAAGGAGGGAGAGGCUUCUGAAGUAAAAGAAAACUCUGGCUAUUUGAGAGCAAAACAAUAUAUGGAAGAAGAGAACUAUGACAAAAUUAUCAGUGAAAGCACAAAAGAAAUUGAAGCAAAGGGAAAAUACAUGGCCGAAGCUUUGCUUCUGCGAGCUACUUUCUACUUACUUAUUGGCAAUGCAAAUGCUGCCAAACCAGACCUAGAUCAGGUCAUCAGCAUGGAAGAUGCAAAUGUGAAGCUCCGAGCUAAUGCUUUGAUCAAACGAGGAAGUAUGUAUAUGCAGCAGCAGCAACCUGUGCUGUCCACUCAAGACUUUAACAUGGCUGCUGAUAUUGAUCCUCAGAAUGCAGAUGUUUACCACCAUCGAGGACAACUGAAAAUCCUGCUUGACCAAAUUGAAGAGGCUGUGGAAGACUUUGAUGAAUGUAUCCGAUUGCGACCUGAUUCUGCCUUGGCUCAAGCACAGAAAUGUUUUGCUCUGUAUCGCCAAGCUUAUACAGGAAAUAAUCCUUUGCCUGUGCAAGUAGCCAUGAAAGGCUUUGAAGAUGUCAUUAAAAAAUUUCCAAAGUGUGCUGAAGGCUAUGCGCUCUAUGCUCAGGCACUAACUGAUCAACAGCAGUUUGGCAAGGCUGAUGAAAUGUAUGAUAAAUGCAUUGACCUUGAGCCAGACAAUGCCACUACAUAUGUUCAUAAAGGUUUACUUCAGCUCCAGUGGAAGCAAGAUUUAGACAAAGGAUUAGAACUCAUAAGCAAGGCCAUUGAAAUUGAUAACAAAUGUGAUUUUGCAUAUGAAACCAUGGGAACGAUUGAAGUGCAAAGAGGUAAUCUGGAUAAAGCCAUUGAAAUGUUCAACAAAGCUAUCAACCUGGCCAAAUCUGAAAUGGAGAUGGCCCACCUCUACUCACUCUGUGAUGCUGCCUAUGCCCAGACAGAAGUUGCAAAGAAGUAUGGAUUGAAACCACCAACACUGUAAAGACACGAGGAGGAAAUGACCUUCUAAAGUGAAGUUGCCCACUUCAGCCAGCCCUAAAGACGCUGUUGCAGACCAUGUUGAAUGGUGGAACUUAGUUUUUUCCCGUUCGUGGUGUUGUCAUUUGCUGCAUCUGUUAAAUGUUUAGGUGUUGUGGGAGUGGUUGUUCAAGGAAGUAUGCAGUGUUGCAUCUUGUUCCUUCUGCAGCAGAAACCUUAAAGCGUGUUAAGGGAAUUAAAGUUGCAGGGGAACAAAAGGAAGCUAUUUUGGCCAUGCAAAUAAAAACUUCACACUG